UAAUUUAUUUGCUGCGAAAAGUAAAGUAAAACGAAAUUAUCUUUAAUUCUAAUAAAAUAAAUAGUACAAUGGUGCUUUCCGAAGGAGUCAAAGAACGUCUGGGUGUGGUUGUCGAUGUUGUGCAAACAACAUUCCAUUGGGGAUUCGUGCCACUUGUAUUGUAUCUGGGAUUCACCAAAGGGGCCGAGCCUGGAAUGCCGCCAUUGAAUAUACUCAGUCUGUUGUGGCAAUAAAAUAAUAAUAAAUAGGCUAAAUGACUUUGGGUGAGGAGGAGCAGCAACAUACAAACAUUCAUAUGUUGAAGGGCAAAGGGAGGCCCGGCAUUUUAUUGUCUUUCGGUUUGCAUUAAUUCCUUUUGGCACUACCAGUAGUACCUGCAAUUAUCGGAAAUAAAUUUCUGUUUAAACAUA